AUGGUGGGACUGGACAUACCUGAGGAAAGAAGGGUAGGUCUGGCAACAUAUAUGCUUGUGGACAAAGCUGAUUUCUGGUGGGAAUCAAUGAAAAGGGUGUAUGACACUGAGGUUAUGACCUGGGAGGAAUUUGAGAGAAUCUUCCUAGGCAAGUAUUUUGGGGAAGUGGCUAAGCAUGCCAAGAGGAUGGAGUUUGAGCACCUCAUCCAAGGAACCAUGUCAGUGCUGGAGUAUGAGUCACGUUUCUCAGAGUUGUCUCGUUUUGCUUUGGGGAUGAUCAGUGAGGAAGGAGAAAAGGCUAGGAGGACAUUGACGAAACCAACCAAAUUCGAGAGCAAAAGGGGGACAAAAAAGGGAAACAAAGAAUGGGGGAAAGUUCCCAGGGGCCACAGCAGAGGAGACCAUUUAUGGAGGGCUUGCCCAUUGCGAGGCACACAGCAGGCUCGACCUCAGUCUCAGGGAAGUUCUCAGCAACAGUCAGUAGUGUCUUUCCAGCCUCCUCAGUUUCAGUUGCCUUACUAUCAGAUGCCACAAUUACCCCCAGCAGCGCAGGGAACCAGGACAACUACUACGAGUCAGACCCGUUCUUCUCAAGGGUCGAAUGCUAGAGGUAGGGGAAGGCCGGCAGCAGGAAGAGUUUUUGCCUUGACCCCAACAGAGCCAGAUGAGAACGCCCUUUUGGUGGAAGGUAUGAUUUUGGUAUAUAGUACUUGGGUGCGUGUUUUGUUUGAUACUGGUGCAACUCAUUCUUUCAUUUCUGCAUCUUGUGCUAAUGCAUUGGGGUUGAAAUCGGAAAGGGUAGAGAAUUUGUUACUUAUUGAGUCUCCUAUGGGUACGAACUCUAGAGUUGAUAGAAUAUGCAAGGGGUGUGUUAUUACCUUGGCAGAUAGAGCACUAAAUGUGGAUUUGAGGAUUUUGGAUAUGAUUAGGUAUGAUGUUAUUUUGGGAAUGGAUUGGUUGGCAGUGUAUAGAGCGGUUAUUGAUUGUCAUCGCCGCAGGAUAAUAUUUUGUUUGCCAAAGGGAUUUAAGGUUUGUUUUGUUGGAGGGAAGUGUGUUAGUUUGCCUUUUUCGCAGUCCGAUCCGUGCUAUCAGUAUGUGUUGAGGAAGGGAUCAAUAAAUUUCCUAGCUUGCCUUCGUGGUAAGGAGAAAGCCCAGAAGGACAUUACAGAAAUUCCAGUGGUGAGGAAGUUUCAGGAUGUAUUCCCAGAUGAGUUACCAGGUUUACCACCGCAUAGAGAGUUUGAUUUCUCUAUUGAAGUAUACCCAGGAACUGAUCCUAUUUCAGUAUCCCCUUAUAGGAUGGCCCCUCUUGAGUUGAAAGAAUUGAAAACUCAGUUAGAUGAAUUGUUGGGUAAGGGUUUUAUUCGUCCAAGUACAUCGCCAUGGGGAGCCCCAGUGUUGUUUGUGAAGAAGAAUGAUGGUAUACUAAGGUUAUGUAUUGACUAUAGGAAGUUGAAUAGAGUUACUAUGAAGAACAAGUAUCCUCUUCCAAGGAUAGAUGACUUGUUUGAUCAGUUGAAGGGUGCAAAGUAUUUUAGUAAGAUUGACUUGAGAACUGGGUAUCAUCAAUUGAGGGUUAGGGAAGAAGAUGUUUCUAAAACUGCUUUUAGAACGAGAUAUGGGCAUUAUGAGUUCUUAGUCAUGCCUUUUGGGCUAACUAAUGCCCCUGCUGCUUUCAUGGAUUUAAUGAACAGGGCAUCAGUUUUAGCAGUAGACCAUUCAAAGGUGGAAGCUGUACAGGAGUGGCAAAGGCCUACCAAUGUAUUUGAGGUUAGAAGUUUCUUGGGGUUGGCUGGAUAUUAUAGGAGGUUUGUGGAAGACUUCUCUAGAAUUGCAGCACCAAUGACUCGGUUGACUAGAAAAGGGGUGAAGUUUGAUUGGAAUGAGGAGUGUGAGAAUGCUUUCCAAGAGUUGAAGCGGAAAUUGACCACUACUCCAGUGUUAACUGCUCCUAUUAGUGGAGAGUUGUUUACAAUUUAUUGUGAUGCUUCCACAGUGGGGUUAGGGUGUGUGCUAAUGCAGCAAGGCAAGGUGGUAGCUUAUGCCUCAAGACAAUUAAAGCAGCAUGAGCGGAAUUAUCCAGCACAUGAUUUGGAGCUUGCAGCAGUGGUGUUUGCCCUUAAGACUUGGAGACACUAUUUGUAUGGAGAGAAGUUUGAGGUGUACUCUGAUCAUAAGAGUUUGAAAUACAUUUUCACUCAAAAGGAUCUGAACUCUAGGCAGAGGAGAUGGAUGGAGACAUUGGAAGAUUAUGAUUUUGCCCUUCAUUACCAUCCUGAGAAGGCGAAUGUUGUAGCAGAUGCUUUGAGUAGAAAGAGCUAUGGCCAGUUGUCUAGCUUGGGGUUGAGAGAGUUUGAGAUGCAUGCAGUUAUUGAGGACUUUGAGCUAUGUCUUAGUCAGGAAGGACGUGGUUCAUGCUUGUACAGCAUAUCAGCUAGACCAAUGGUUAUCCAGAGAAUAGUGGAGGCCCAAGUUCAUGAUGAGUUUUUAGAAAAGGUUAAAACCCAGUUGGUAGUAGGUGAGAUAGAUGAAAAUUGGUCUAUGUAUGAAGAUGGGAGUGUGAGGUUCAAAGGGAGAUUGUGUGUGCCAAAAGAUGUGGAGUUGAGAAAUGAACUUCUAGCAGAUGCUCAUAGGGCGAAGUAUACCAUCCACCCUGGGAAUACUAAGAUGUAUCAAGACUUAAAGAGACAGUUUUGGUGGAGUAGGAUGAAGAGAGAUAUUGCUCAGUUUGUAGCCAACUGUCAGAUUUGUCAGCAAGUGAAGGCUAAACACCAGAGGCCUGCAGGGGACCCUAAGUUUACUUCUCAGUUUUGGCAGAGUUUACAAAGGGCUUUGGGCACCCAACUGAAUUUUAGCACCGCUUUUCACCCUCAGACAGAUGGUCAAUCAGAGAGAGUGAUCCAGAUCUUAGAAGACAUGUUAAGGGCUUGUGUUUUGGAUUUUGGAAGAAAUUGGGCAGAUUACUUACCUUUGGCAGAGUUUGCUUAUAACAACAGUUACCAAUCUAGUAUUGGCAUGGCACCUUAUGAAGCACUCUAUGGGAGACCUUGUAGAUCGCCCUUAUGUUGGAUAGAGAUGGGUGAGAGUCAUUUGUUGGGACCUGAGAUUGUCCAAGAGACUACAAAGAAGAUACAACUCAUCAAGGAAAAACUUAAGACUGCCCAAGAUAGACAGAAAAGUUAUGCAGACAAAAGGAGAAGGCCCUUGGAGUUUGAGGAAGGGGAUUUGGUGUUUGUAAAAGUGUCCCCUCGAAGAGGCAUAUUUCGAUUUGGGAAGAAGAGGAAGUUAGCCCCUAGGUUUGUGGGACCAUUUCAGAUUGAUAAGAGAGUUGGCCCAGUGGCAUACAAGUUAAUUUUGCCUCAACAGUUGUCCCUUGUGCAUGAUGUUUUCCAUGUGUUGAUGCUAAGGAAAUGUACUCCAAAUCCAACUUGGGUAGUGGACUUGCAAGAUGUUCAGAUUAGUGAAGAUACUUCUUAUGUGGAGGAACCUUUACGAAUUCUGGAAGCUGGAGAGCAUAGGUUCAGGAACAAGGUGAUUCCUGCAGUCAAAGUGUGGUGGCAACACCAUGGGAUAGAAGAAGCCACUUGGGAACCUGAGGAAGAAAUGAGACGACAUUAUCCGCAACUCUUCUACGAAUUUAAAGGUAAGCUAGUUUAA